CCGUCCGUGCGGCCUGCCUGUCCCCGGCUCAUCAUCAGUCGUAUUUAUUGAGCGCUUACUGUGUGCAGAGCACUGGACUAAGCGCUCCUCCCCGGCUCCCCCGCGGCCAUGGUGCGCAGCGGGCUAAGGCUGCAGAAGCAUGGAAACUUCAUCGAUAACCUGAGACUCUUCACCCAAGGAGGAACUGGGGGGAUGGGUUACCCGCGAUUAGGCGGAGAAGGUGGGAAAGGGGGUGAUGUAUGGGUUGUGGCCCAGAAGGGAAUGACCUUGAAGAAAAUAAAAGACCUGUAUCCCCAAAAACGGUUCGUGGCAGAAAGAGGAGCGAACAGUCAGGUUCGGGCAUUGAAAGGUCAGAAAGGAAAGGACCGAGCCAUCCCUGCCCCUGUGGGCAUUUCAGUAACCGAUGAAAACGGCAGAGUUAUUGGAGAACUCAACAAAGACAAAGACAAAGUUCUAGUUGCUCAGGGAGGUCUUGGUGGCUGCUUGUUUUCAAAUUUCCUACCCCUGAAAGGCCAGAAAAGGAUUAUUAUCCUUGAUCUAAAGCUGAUAGCCGAUAUAGGCCUAGUGGGAUUCCCAAAUGCUGGGAAAUCUUCUUUGCUGAGUAAGGUGUCACAUGCCCACCCUGACAUUGCAGAUUAUGCGUUUACCACAAUAAAACCUGAAUUGGGGAAGAUCAUGUUCCCAGACUACAAGCAGAUCUCAGUGGCCGAUCUUCCGGGUUUGAUUGAAGGAGCGCACAUGAACCUAGGGAUGGGUCACCGGUUCCUCAAGCACGUGGAGAGGACGAAGCAGCUGCUCUUUGUUGUUGACGUCUCUGGAUUUCAGCUCUCGUCCUAUUCUCCGUUCAGAACUGCCUUUGAAACGAUCGCUCUGCUCACCAAGGAGCUGGAGCUGUACCAGGAGGAGCUCCAGACAAAGCCCUCACUUCUUGUGAUAAACAAAAUGGAUUUGCCAGACGCUGAAGAGAAAUGUGAAGAGCUUCUGAACCAGCUGAAGGCUCCCAAAGAAUUUCUGCACUCAAUGGAGAGGGACAUGGUGCCCACAAAACUUCCAGACUUCAAGCACAUCGUGCCAGUGUCGGCCCUGAUGGGUGAAGGGAUAGAAGAGCUGAAGGUCUGCAUCAGGAAAUCUCUUGACGAAGAGGCCAGUGAGGGCCAGGAAGAUGACCACGCAGACAGAUUCCAUAAUUUACAGGCGACAAAAUGAGUAUUUAGAGCCGCGUCGUGUGGACCCACCCCAGCCAGGACAACUGGCAAGGCUGUAAAGUGAAUCUGGCUGAAUCGUGACCGUCGCUGUUGAUGUUGACACUGGUGUAUUUUUUUUUGCAGGCCAGUGGGGCAAUCUCUGAUAACUGAUCAUUGCUCCUUGACACAUGUUCUUAAUCAAAACUUCCUCUGGGCUAAAGGAACCCAUCCUUGAGCUAGAGGUGGAAGCAAUAAGUCAAUCACUGGUAUUUAUUGAGUGCUUACUGUGAACAGAGCACUGUACUAAGCACUUGAGAGAGUACAAUAAU